AUGUUCUUCAAACAGUCUGGCUACAAGCCACGCACCAACAGCCAGUCGUCAGGCAAAUCCGGGUCGUUCAUGGCAGGCAGCCCACCCAAGGAAGAAGCCAAACCAGCGGGUUCUGCCACCGGGGACCAGGUGGUUUCGGCGGCGGUUGCCGGGCGGAGACGGUCCUCAGCCUCAUCAGCAGACAAAUUCGCCGGCCUCCAGGGCCAGAAGCGGUCUAGUGUGGACACCAACGCCGCGAAAUGGGCGGAGCAGAAGCCGGGCCAGACGGGCAUUUUGGGCGGCAUGUGGAAUAGCUUUACUAAGGGUGGUUGA